AUGAAGCUACUCCUUUCGUUGACUUUCAUCUGGGCUCUUUCCAGCACAGCUGGAGCACUUGUGUGUCAGACUUGCACAGACGAUGCAUGUACAAGCACAGUGCCACUAUCAUGUGACAAAGAGACGAUGUGUAUAACUGCUGCCAUUCAAGCUGUUUCUUCUGGAAUUCCUGGCCAACAAAUCUUCAAGGCAUGUGCAUCAUCCUCCCUGUGUCCAGUCAUAGGCUCCCAGACAUUUUCAGUCAACUUGAACAUUUCGAGUGCAAUUGCAUCUGCUACGUGCUGCAACACAGAUAGCUGCAACUCAGCCACUCUAUCUUUCCCUACUACUCCAUCAGUCAACAACCUGGAAUGUUACUCUUGUGAUCCUUUCACCUUGCAAUGCACAAAUUCAAUAAAGUGUACAGGAACAGAGGAUCGCUGCUUUCAAGCAAGUUGUGAGUCUUCCUCUUAUAUAUUUUAUUCUUUAUUUAAUUUACAGUUGACCAAUGGGGCCACAACUUCUCCUGCCUUUGGCUGCGCAAAUGUAAUCAUGUGUGCAGCUGCUGAGAAAUUGGGGAUGCUCCCCUUUAUGAAAAAUGUUGGCAACAUCACCAGUGGACCAACCUGUUGUAAAACAGAUCUAUGUAACUCCGCUGCACCAACGACUACAACUAUUGCCCCAACUACAAUUACUGCACCAACCACAACUACUAGCCCAACUACAACAACUACUGCACCAGGCACUACAACUACUACCCCAAGUACAACUACUGCACCACCCACUACAACUACUGCCCCAACUACAACGAUUACAGGACCAACCACAACCACUGCCUCAACCACGACAACUACUGCACCAACCACUUGCCCCAACUACAACUACGACUUCACCAACUACAACUGCACCAACUACAACUACUGCACCAACCACUGCAACUACCGAACCAAAAACAACUACUGCACAAACCACAACUACUGCACCAACUACUGCCCCAACUACAACUACUGCACCAACCACUACAACAUCUGCACAAACUAA